CAUGGAUCUAACAAGCACAACCACUGCCUUCUUAUCCGGUCUGAUACUGAUCCUUGUGUCACUUGUUGCUCACAAAGCCAGAACAAGCAGAUCCAUGAAGAGGAGGCCUCCUGGUCCACGGGCGCUCCCCUUCAUCGGAUGCAUCCACCACGUGCUCACCUCGCAGCCGCAGGCCGCCCUACGUGACCUGGCUCAGAAGCAUGGCCCGGUGAUGUACCUGAAGCUGGGGCAGGUGGACACCGUCGUCAUCUCCUCGCCGACGGCGGCGCAGGAGGCGCUCCGGGAGAAGGACAGAAGCCUGGCGUCGCGGCCGAGCUUGCUCGGCUCGGAGAUCAUCUGCUACGGCAACCGCGACAUCGCCUUCGCGCCCUACGGCGACUACUGGCGCUCGCUGCGCAAGAUGUGCACGGUCGAGCUCCUCAACGCUUCCAAGGUGAGGCGGUUCGCGGCCAUCAGGGACAGCGAGACCAUGUCCCUGGUCAGGGAGAUACGCCGCGCCUGCGCCGCCGCCAGCGGAGAGCCCGUGGACCUCGGCGGCCUGCUCCUGUCGUGCACCAACUCCGUAACCGGAAGGGCAGCGUUCGGCAACCGCUGCAGCAGGGAGCUCACGGCGGAUUUCCUGUCCGCCAUCUCCGUGGUGAUAAGCAACAUCUCGGGGCUCUGCGUCUCGGACCUCUUCCCGUCGCUGCGGUUCGUGGACGCCCUCACCGGCACCAAACGCCGCCUGCGGAGGGCGCACCAGCGGCUCGAAGACGUGUUUGCCAGGAUCAUCUCUGACGGGGAGGCACGGCGGGCGGAAAGGAAGGGGACUGGUGCUGGUGCAGGAGGAGACGACGACGACGACGACCUUCUAAGCGUCAUGCUGAGGAUUCGCGACGAGGGUGAGUUUGAGAUCCCGAUCAACAACACAAACAUCAAGGCAAUCAUCCUGGAUUUAUUCACAGGAGGGACGGAGACGACUUCGUCGGUGGCCGAGUGGCUCAUGGCGGAGCUGAUGAGGAACCCCGACGCAAUGCACAAGGCGCAAGACGAGGUGCGGCAAGCAUUCGAGCACAGCAGCCCCGACGAGCACGAAGCCCAGAUGGACAAGCUGCGCUACACCAAGACGGUGAUCAAGGAGACCCUGAGGCUGUACCCGCCCCUCCCGCUGCUCCUCCCUCGCCAGUGCCGAGAGACCUGCGACAUCGGCGGGUUCCAGGUGGCCAAGGGCAGCAGGGUGAUCGUGAACGCAUGGGCGAUCGCGAGGAGCCCGGCGCACUGGGACGACGCCGACAGGUUCAUGCCUGAAAGAUUUGAGCGCGACGAUAGCGCGGCAGGUUAUUCCAGGGCUACUACUGAUGGCACUACACAGUUUGAGUACCUGCCGUUUGGGCACGGGAGGAGGAUUUGCCCGGGCAUGGGCUUCGGCUUGUCCACCUUGGAGAUCCUAGUUGCGCGGCUCCUCUACUACUUUGACUGGAGCCUUCCGGAAGGAAUGCAGGUGGUGGACCUGGACAUGGACAUGACUGUCGGUGCGUCGGCCAGGAGGACCAACAAACUGCACCUAGUGGCCUCGCCGUAUCAAGUGCCCACGUAGAUUUCAUAUGAUGGUUGCAGUUUUGCAACCAAAAGUUGUGCCUCUUUUUCUUUUCCUGGCUUCUUUCCUAUCCUGCGGAAAUCAAAUAAGGCCUUGUUCGGUU